CUGUUAAGCCCACCGCACAAAGCACUUAUCAUUUUUAUAGGCGAAAAUGAAGGAACUGGUUUGAACUCAGAAGGACCAAGCGAACAACAGCAACAGCUGCAGCAGGAGAAGAGCAAAUUGUCACGCAUUGCAGCAAUUUUCAGAUCUCCAAAUCCUGCACUUGAUCGUUAUGGAUUUGCUUUCAGCAGUGAUUUUCGGCGCUACUGGAUGCCGGAUUCCAGUGGCAGAGAAUGUUAUGAGUGCCAGGAACGUUUCACUGCUUUCCGAAGGCGUCAUCACUGCCGUUUGUGUGGACAGAUUUUUUGUUCCAAAUGUUGCAAUGUUCAGGUGCCUGGAUCUUUGCUAGGAUACACGGGUGAUUUAAGGUUAUGUACUUACUGUGCACAUAUUGUACUUUCGAAUUUACCGCAUAUAGAAUCGAAAUUGGAUAACAUUCCUACUUCGCCGGUGGAUGAAAAAUCAACUGAUGAAAUGGAUGUCUCCGUUUCAACAAUUUUUGCAGGUCCGGUUUCGUGGUGUUUGGACUCAUCUGCCGUAUUUGGAAACAGCGAUAGCGAGUCUACACUGCCUGAGAAGAUGUCGCUGAGGGGGAAUAAUCUUGCUCAGCUUUCUGUCACCGAAUUGGCAAUGUAUGACUGCCCAUCCACACAUCCCUCAACUGCUGAUUUUGGUGGUGUGGACGAACAUGAGCCUGAGUGGGUGAAAAAUAUCGAAAUGACCGUGGAUGUUAAAUCUGUGGAUUCUUCUAAUUUGAAAACCGAAUGUGCGGAUUACGUACGUCCGUUUGUACAGAAGGGCGAAGCACCGCUCAUCGAAAAUGGAAUUCACCCUAAAAGUCUACAAGAAAAAGAACAGGGAAUACCGGUGACAGAUCUGAGGAAUGAUGGGCCAUGUUUGGGCGAGAGCAUUGAGCGAUGCUUUGAAAUGCAAGCCGAGAAGCUUCUGUUGCACCUCUUCAAGCGUGAAGGAUUAGAUCCAGUCCAAUGGUGGGAAAUCAUUUGGGCGGUGAGUCAUCGUGUUUCAUCGAUGGUCAAAGUUGACAUGGAAGGUCGCAAAGCUGUUAAUGUUAUGAAGCAUGUGCACAUCAAAAACCUCCAUGUUGCUGUCGAAAAACCGUCGGCAUCGGUGAUCGAAGGGACAGUUUGUAGCAAAAGCAUUCGCCACGACUCAAUGCCAAGCGAAAUUCACAAUGCCUCGAUCUUGGCAUUGGAGGGAAGCAUCGAAUACGAACGUGUCAGUGAUAAACUCUCAUCUAUUGAACCGAUUAUCACACAGGAAAGUGAAUACUUGCGAAAUCAGGUGGAUCGAAUGCUUUCGCACCGCCCAUCACUGGUACUUGUUGAGCGUAAUGUAGCUGGCUUGGCUGUGCAGAUGCUAUUGGAAGCGGGUAUCACUCUUGUUUCAAACAUCAAAUCCCGUGUUUUACAACGUAUUGCAAGAAGCACAGGAGCCGAUGUGAUGCCGUCGCUUGAUGCUCAGAUUCUGAACCAAAAAAUUGGAUUUUGUUCCUUUUUCCACCAGGAAAAAAUACAACUUUUGAACGGAAAAAGCAAGUGUUUGUUGAUAUUUGACGAUUGCCCUCCGGAAUUAGGUUGUUCGAUAGUGUUGCGGGGCAGUUCAAGAAACGAUCUUUGUGCCGCUAAACGUAUCCUGAAAUAUGCAAUUCUGGCUUUGUAUUCGAAUCAUUUGGAAGUGGAACUUUUGUCUCUUUCAAGAACCAGAUUAACAGCUCGAUCGAGCGAAUGCACUGUAUGCACUAUGAACGCUGUCAUGCCAGAUUCGCGUCAGGUGAGUUAUUGCACCAUCAUAUGCAUAGGCAGUACACCCUGUUUUCCCAAAAGCUCAGCGGGUUUAGUUUCCUUUUGAGC